UAAUGAAAAAUCGCGCGGAAGGUUCAUUACUCCGCGCGAUUUUCAAUAGCAUUGAAUUACUGCACGAAAUUCGGGUUGCUAUGUGGUUACGCGAUAAAAUUUGAUUGGUUCCGACACCUAGAAUAAACCAAUCAAAACUCGCGUCUUAUCCACCAUUCAUGCAGUCAAUGGCGGUUGUUUCACAUUAACACGACACCUGUAAGAAGAAAGAUCAACUUUGCUGAGCACAAUCCACAUUGCACAUAAGAUGUUUUGCACCAAUUGUGGGGAAAACAUCGAAAAACAUUGGAAGUUCUGUGUGGGAUGUGGCUUUGCUACAGGUACAUCCUCUCUACCAGAAGAAAAGCUAACAGAUGGGCCUUCCAUGCCUUGCCCAGACACAGACAAAGAUGGAUCGUGCUUUGACAAUUUGUACAGAGCAUUAACACCUGAAGCUAGGAAGAGUGUUAAUCUUUUGAAGAUGAAAAUCUCAAAAAAAGAUCACAUAGAACCCUCUCUGUCUCAAAAUGUUAUGUUAUCAAUCCAGCUUAUUGGCAUGGACCGGAAACUGGUGCGGAUGUUGGGGUCCACACCAGGGCGCAUUAACAUGCUUGUUAAUAGAAACUCGGGCCCACUGGAAUGGGCGAACCUGGUGGCAGAAAAAAUCAACAUAAAAACUGUUCAACCAGAGGAAUUGAAAUUUCUCCUUAACAAAACUGAACAUGAGUUUGUGUUUUCAAUGGAUGAAGUUAAGAAAAGGGCAACCUCGAGACACAGGAAAGAGCUGGAAGUUUUCUGCCUUCUACCUAAAAAUUGACUCUGACAAGGGAAAAGCAAAACUCAAAUGUGCCACAGUAUCAAAGGUCAACGCGGAUCAUGAAAGCAAGAAACAAAAAUGUGAAACUGUGUCUAAGACGGAAACAUGCGUGUAUAUAGAGGAGGAUGAAGAGGAGGAUGAAACAAGAGCAAGCCCUCAGAAGGUAACCCACUACCACACUGUACUGCAGGUAAUACCAGCCAGUGCUUGGCCAGUAUUCUCGAAGUCUGUGUCCAUGGCUACCACUGCACGUCCUGACAGUGCAACCCCUGGGGCAACAUGCUCCCACACCAUGGAAACCAGUGGGCCUAGCAUUGAAACAUUGAAGAAACCAGAGAUUGCCACUGGCAUAGCUGAGUGCACUGGCCCGAAACAUUUGUCACAGAGUCCUGCUCAGCUGAUUCAGGUUCGCAAGGAGUCACCCAGUGACUGGUGGGAUGGAGAGCUACAGCCUAGCAGAUCCAACGAUGUGAGCCGGAGUCAAGCGGUGAAAGAAAUGGCCGAUUAUUAUGCUAUGAUGGAGCGUAAACACAGCAGACAGAAGGCGGCUUCAGAUCGAAUGUUGAACAAACUACGAGACCAAAGUAUUCAAAGUGUUCAAAAGACUGUGGUCUACACAGAGCAUGGAGGGAUUUCAUACUCAUUCAAGGUCAACAGGGACUCUACAAUAAAAGAUGUGUAUGAUCGAGUUUGCCAGCUGGUUCCAUCAGAAAUCCUUCCUGCCAAAUUUGUACUGCACUCCAGAGCAGGGGAAGAGUAUGAUAUUAUGAGUGAAAAAGUAAUUGAAGAAACUCCACCAGUUUUGUUCCUGAAAGAACAAAAAAUGGAUAAUUUGAACGACACUCUGACGAACUUUGAAGAGGUCUUCUUUUGAACUUUAUGUUGAAUCGAGUUGUAUACCUUUUAAGUUCACCUGAUUACAAUGUGAUCACCAUUUGUCCUUCAACAUCUAUCUUGUUUACAAUCUAGAGGCCACAUUUAUUUUCCUAUCUUCAUGAAACUUUGUUAGAAGAUUUGUCCCUAUGAUAUAUUGGCUAAUUUUGAAUAGUUUAUGAGUCUUAUUUUAACUUUCAUCCAAUUGACAUGGUAUGUCAGUGUCUGUACUUGGAAGCUCUCCAUUUGAUGAAUAAACAAUUCACAUAUGACCUAUUGAAUCUUGUACAGACAGCCUUUUUUCAGUCAGCUACUGGUUAACUGAGUUAUUCCCCAUACAUUAAUCUAAGGUUUUAAUAUGUACAUAAACGUUAUGUGUUGGAAAUAUUUUCAAAUAUCAAAACUUUCAUAUACUACUUUUAUCUUUCUGCAGUCCUUUAUCAAAAUAGUUUAGUAAUUUGGGUUUCAGGUGAGCACCUUUGAUCCUGUGGCCCCUCUAAUUUUCUUUAUUGAAAAUUGAAAAGUAUAUAUGUUUACUUCCUUCAAUGUGACACAUGUAGUUAAAUAUUUGUCAACAAAAAGUGAUAUAACUUAAUAUAAUAUGUCAAGCAUGAUGUUGUAACUUUGUAUUAAGAUAGUGAGGACAUUUUAUUGUCACUGAAAUGUAAAUUGAAUUAUUGAAAAUAACAUACAAUCUAAAUACUUCACUGACAUGAAAAGUACACAAGAAAUAUUCAUGCAAGAUACAUCUGGAUUUUUAUGUCCCCCACCCACUAUAGUGGGGGACAUAUUGUUUUUGCCCUGUCUGUUGGUUGGUUGGUCUGUUGGUUUGUGCCAACUUUAACAUUUUGCAAUAACUUUUGCUAUAUUGAAGAUAGCAACUUCAUAUUUGGCAUGCAUGUGUAUCUCAUGGAGCUGCACAUUUUGAGUUGUAAAAGGUCAAGGUCAUCCUUCAAGGUCAAAGGUAAAAAAAACUAAUUCAAAGCGGAGCAGAAGGGGACAUAGUGUUUCUGACAAACACAUUUCUUGUUGGACUUAAUAUAAACAUUAUUGUUCUCAUUUGUUGGUUGAAUGCAUUUUAUUAAUAACUAUUAAAAAAAUCAGCUUGAACACUCAAAGAAGGAAUUUUACUGUAUAUCAAUAUUCUGUGUUUUGCUGUCUUGCCUGAAGUCUUAAAGAGGAUUAGUUUAUAUGGGCAUACAAAUACAAGUGUUUGGCUGUGUUGUGUUUGGGUUUAAAUGUAGGCCUGGGGUGUGGUUAAGCGGAAUGGAUUUAGUUUCUGUGAAAAAUUUUUUACCAAAUCUUUUUUGGCUGACGAAGCGGAGAAGCCAGAGGAGAUAUUUCAAAGUUGAUAGCUCAUCUAAAGUUUAAAUUUGUUCAAAUACAUUGAAUGUUAGCUGUGAUUGAAGUUAUAAAUCUGUAAAUUUGCAAGAUAUUUGGGUCGACUGACUUUGCUUUGAUAGUAGUGUUUACAUGAUAACAUUGUUUGGAUCAUGUGGGUUCAGAGCUUGUGUGGACAAGUGUGAAAUGCCUGUAUAUUUUGGUCAUUGGAUAGUUAUAUUUUGUCAUGUGACCGUUGCACUUUGUUCAUGUGACAGCAAUCUAUUUGGGUGUUGUAUGUUAAAUUAUUAUGUGGAGUUUUUAGAGGAAUAAUUAUAAAAAAUAGUUAAAAUGAAGUCUUUAGGCUUGUAAGUUAAAACUUUUUGGUGAAGAAUAAAUAUUAUAUGGAGUUAAGAAUUCGAACAAAUUUUGUGGAUAUACCAUGUACAUCCAUGGCUUUUAUGAUUUUUUAGAUAGAUUGUCAUAAUAAAGUCUUGAUAUAUAGAACUAUUGCAUACAUCAAACUUUAUGUUGUAAUUAUUAAUUAUGUAUUGUUAUAUUAUUAAAUAUUAUGUCAGUUCAACAUUAUUGAUUGAAAUACCAAAACUGCAACUGAUAGGCACUCCCUUAUCAUUUCCAAAUACAUGAUAAUAUAGCACAACGUCUUCCAUAUGAUGAGAGUAUAAAUAUCUUUUCCUGCAUGCAACUGUUACCAAUAUUUUUGUGGAAUGUUAAGUUGUGGUUAUUAAAUUAAAAUAUGUUUUAAAAAUAAUUGUAUUUAAUCAUGUGAAGAAAGUGUAAAUUUUAGUAUCAGAGUUGUCUUGGUAAAUCUCUUGUUUAUUAUGCCCCCCUUCGAAGAAGAGGGGGUAUAUUGCUUUGCUCAUGUCGGUCGGUCUGUCGGUCUGUCCGUCCACCAGGUGGUUGUCAGACGAUAACUCAAGAACGCUUGGGCCUAGGAUCAUGAAACUUCAUAGGUACAUUGAUCAUGACUCGAUUUUGAGGUCACUAGGUCAAAGGUCAAGGUCACGGUGACCCGAAAUAGUAAAAUGGUUUUUGAAUGAUAACUCAAGAACGCAUACGCCUAGGAUCAUGAAACUUCAUGGGUAGAUUGAUCAUGACUUGCAGAUGACCCCUAUUGAUUUUGAGGUCACUAGGUCAAAGGUCAAGGUCACGGUGACCCGAAAUAGUAAAAUGGUUUUCGGAUGAUAACUCGAGAACGCAUACGCCUAGGAUCAUGAAACUUCAUUGGUAGAUUGAUCAUGACUUGCAGAUGACCCCUAUUGAUUUUGAGGUCACAAGGUCAAAGGUCUAGGUCACGGUGACUCGAAAUAGUAAAAUGAUUUUCGGAUUAUAACUCAAGAACGCUUUUGCCUAUGAUAAUGACACUUCAUAGGUACAUUGAUCGUGACUCGCAGAUGACCCCUAUUGAUUUUCAGGUCACUAGGUCAAAGGUCAAGGUCACAGUGACAAAAAUCGUAUUUACACAAUAGCUGCCACUACAACGGACAGCCCAUAUGGGGGGCAUUCAUGUUUUACAAACAGCCCUUGUUUUGUUAAUGGGUUUUACAUUUCUUAAAUGUUUCACAUUGUAAACAUGUCUUCAUACCUCUCCAUAAUGAAGUAAAGGAGAGACGUCAAUAGUGAUUCCGGUAUGCCUCCUUUAAAUCAUUAUGGAAAAGAUAGACAGAGAGACGUCAAUAGUGAUUCUUUUCCAACUUAAACAUUUCAUAACAUCAUGAAUAUCAGAAGUCAUCCGCUUAACCUUUUCAUUGAACAACAUUUAAAUUUGCAGGCAUUCAUCAUUAUAAUAUGAAAUUUUGUAUGUGCCAUUGUUAUGAUAUAACAUUCAUGUUUAAUAAAAAUGAAUGCACCUUUUUUAAUCUUGCACGUUCUGUAAUAUCAUGCUUUUGGGGUUGUAUUCUAUGUAACUAUUGAGAUUUAUUGAAGUUGAUUUUGUCUUCAUAUUGUGUUCUCAAUACAUCGUAAGUCAAUAUGUGUUGUCAGAUACUAAGUAAUUUGAUAUACGGUCAUAAUCUUGUUGUAUUUUGUACUCUAGAUUAAUUACAUUAAUAAAUUCUUAAUUAAG